ACAGCCGGGGUACCGGCUGUUGGUGCAGCGUGAUUGGUCAACCCCACGUGACUCCCAUGCGUCUCACAAAACGUGCGACCCGAUUGGUCUAUCUGUCACAAGCCCUCUCAGACAGCUGGACUUCUCGUAUUCGUGACGACGCUGAAUUGAAGAAGCCUAAAAAGGUCUUUAAACUCUACUGCUAUCAUGAUCAACUGGAAGGCCCUGGACAACGUGCCCCUCCUCUUCUACAUCCUGGCGCUGAAGACCCUGGUGCUCUGCCUGGGCUUCGCUGCCGUCAAGAUCUACCAGAGCAAGAAGGAGGAGAAGGCCCUGAAGCUCCAGCAGGAGGAACGGCGCAGGCUGGCCCAGAAGACCCAGGAGCUCAUCGACAACAAGAAGGACGACUGAGGGAGGAAGCGGCACGUUAACGGAGCCACUCUUGGGGGCUGGAGCCGUUAACAGUGGCACCCGCCUAGGAUCCAUACUCCAGCGAUCCGCUGCAGACCUGAGAUCAAGCCCAAGUCUUUCGACGGAUGUGGAUCAGUUAGCUUUCUUCUGGAUUGUUCUAGAACCAGUCGAGGAACGUUUCGACAUUUCGUCACCACUUUAAGAAGGACCAAAAAACUUUAUUUUGGGCCUUUCUUAAAGUUCGACAUCAACCGCUUAACAGCGGUUUUUCGCGAUGAAUGCAUUUUUGUGAAGUAUGGCAUUUACGGUUUUAAAAACGAUUUAAAAAAAAAAAUAAAAA